AUGAUCGCGCCGUCUUGGCCACGCAUCUAUGAUUUCAUCCAAGCCUUUCGAGGUGUGAAUAGCACCUUUCUCACAGAGAAACACGUUCCGGGCGCCGAUCUGACCGGCAAAUGGAUCAUCGUCACCGGAUCCAACAAUGGAAUCGGCUUAGAGGCCGCAAAGUCCAUGGCCGCGAUGGGAGCCCACAUCAUUCUAGCCUGUCGAGAACCGCCUUCAUGGGAAAUUCAUCCCACAGCCGCGGUUGAAGAGUGCCAGCAGAUUUCUCAAGCACACGGCCAUUCAGCCUCAAUCGAGUGGUGGCAGGUUGAUUUAGCAGAUUUUGACAGCGUGGAGAAGUUCUGCGCGCGGUGGUUAGGAUGCGACCGGCCUCUGGAUGUCCUUUGCAACAAUGCUGGACUUGCGCCUCCAGCCCAGGACAUCAUGACCAAAGAUGGCUUCCAAAUGGCUCACCAGGUAAAUCUACUAUCUCAGGUGCUAAUAACCCUCCGUUUGCUCCCAUCGUUGGCUCGAAGUGCAGAGCCUCGAAUUGUUUGCACGACAUCUUGUAUCCACCACCUCGGUCUGUUUGAUCUAGACCAUUUUCAAGGUGGACCUUGGAAAAGAGGCAAUGACUAUCAAGACAACAAGCUCUACUAUCAGACCUGGGUCACCGAGCUACAGUCCCGGCUUCUGCGACACUCCGAAUACAAGCACGUCACCGUGAACGGAGUGAAUCCGGGGUUUGUGGGUUCGAGUAUUUGGGUGCCAGUGACAACAGCCACCGAUCUGCCCACUCGAGUAUUGAAACUACUUUUACGCUUCUUUGCCAUCACCCCGCAGCAGGGUAGCUUGGCGAUCACUUAUGCGGCUACUUCACCGGAGUGUGGACCACACCCAGACACGCAGGGUGUAGGUGCGCCUAGUGGACGAGGGGGCGGUAGAUACAUCAAUCGCAUCUGGGAUGCGCCAGCACGACCGAUUUGUUAUGACGCAGAAGCAAGAUCUGCCGUGUGGAUGGAAUUGGAUAAGGAGCUUCAUUUGCGGGAUAAAGGUUUGUUGGAAAUCCUUGGGCUGUAA